UUUUAUUAUUGUUUCUUUAUAACGGUGAAAGAAGUUCACGGUUGGGGCUGCCUUGGAUUUAAUGAUGCCGUGUUGUCUUAGAUUUGGAAUAACAUUGCUGUUAGCAGUGUUAGUCACUGAAGUUUGGACGCAGAACCCCCCUCUAGGCUCGGUGAGGACAGAAUGUCAAGGGAGUGUUAUGAUGAUUAUGUUGGAUAAGUCUUUUGUUGGAAAGUAUUUUCGUAUCAAUGUGAUUGACAAUAAGGGGGUGAUUGUGCCCCUCUCUCCAAGACUGGCUGCACAGUGUGGAUAUAGCUUAACCGUUGACUUCUUGGGGAAAUGCCAAGUUCCUUGCUUCUGUGCUGAGCUGCUUUAUUCAGAACACAAAUGAUGAGACCUACAAGCUGACAGUACAAAUCAGUGUCUUCUCAAACAGUGCUAUGACUUCGGCUUCCUCCUAUGUUCAGAGCAUGACAUGCCGCUAUUCUCCAUGGGCAGAGAGGGAGAUUCUGUGUGAAAGAAACUACAUGGAGGUUUCUGUGAGAAGAGGUGUGCCACUUAUUGAGCCAAACUUUGUUCAAGAUGAUCCUGAUUGGUCCCUUGCAUACCCUGAGGCAACUGCUGCUGACAACAGCAUCUGGAAAGUUGUGUUCCAUCUUCCAGCAAAUAGAAAGACAACCAUGACUGUUGCUCAGGCCAUGACAAAUGGCUAUGGCAUAAACACUACACCAACUCGAAUUCUGGUUAGAGCUGCAUACAACUCCACAGAAAGCCAGCCUCAGGUGAUCCAAACUGUACCAAUGGCUGUGCUAAGAUCAACCACCUUUUAUAAGCAAAGAUGGAUGGUCAUGAUGGUGGACACUGCAGUUACAUGUCCUACUGAUGGAACAGCCUUUACAGAACAGAUGAUUACAUGGAAUGUUCCCCGUGUUCUACCUCCCCUUGUUCCGACACCACAAAUUACUACCCUUGAUGUUCAAAUGGGAGUUGAUGGCCGCAAGCUUGACCCUGCAAUGAUUCAUAAUAGAGAUUAUAAACUGGAUGUUGGUCCCCAGCUAAUCACUGUAAAAAUUCCUGUGGGAGCUGAUGGUGGAUAUUACAAGAGCCAUGUAUUGGACAACACCUAUGUGAUCUCUUACUCUAUUGAACCAAUGCUGGAGCAUACCUGGCAAGAUGGGCCUGAGAAGACCAAGUACACCGUACUUCAUCCAAUAACCACUCCUUUCAUGCCUCGGCCACCAGUUGUCACAAACAACACUGUUCCUAAAGCCAGAGUGUUCAAUGUGACCCUGGGGACAUUCCUGCCUGAUGUGGAGCUGGUCAAAAUUAUAGUUGGACCAGAGACGUUAACUGUGCCAGAAGCCAACCUAAAAGGUUAUAAUGUCCAGGAGCAUGUCUUUCCCAAUGGAUCCAAGACCUACACUCUCCAGGUGCCAUUUGAGGACCCCAAUGUGAAGCAAAAGGUAACUCCUCCAGACACCAGAACCUACAUUCUGCCCCUGACCUACUUGCUGAAUAUAGUGCCAGAGAAUACACCCUUUACUCAUCCUGCUGUAGUUGAAGCCAUUCUCAAAGACAUCAGUAAUCCAUUGCCCUGA